UUAGGUGAACCUUUGGAAGCGGAAGUCGGUGGUCUUCAGAUUCCUUUAGAACAUUCCUUUGAGCUAGAUGACAGCGUUGAUUUCAAGAAUCGAGCUGUGAUCCAGCUGAAACCAAGUCGAGAUACUGGUAUCAUUCAGUCUCAGAAUCAGCUGACAGAGGAGGAGCGUAACAAACUGAGGGAAGUGGCCUCAGUAGAUGGCUUAUACAGAAUUCGAGUCCCAAGAGUUUCUGCUCAGAGUGGGAUGACAGGUGGCUAUGUUUCCUCAUAUGUUCGAGCAGUUGAGUCUAUUUUCUUUACUUUCCAUUUUCUGACAAAGUGA